AUGGCGACUGCAAACGCGCAAACCCAAGCGGACGAAUUGCCGCAGCAGCCAGCAAACAAAUGGCAGCAGUCAACAAAGGUUGCGUGGCGUCGGUCCACACAAGCCUGGUCUGAUUCUAAGGAACGAUAUCAUCAAGCGACAUUGGAGGCAUGGCAUCGGUCCUCCGAUUCCCUCUCUAACACCAAAAAUCGAUACGAGCAAAACACCGUAGAUGCCUGGCACCGCUCUUCAAAUUCGGUGACAAGCUCGAAGAAUCGAUGCCAUCAGUCUACCAUGGACGCAUGGCAGCGAUCUACAAAUACCUGGAAAAACUCGAAGACUCGGUGCCGCCAAUCGACCGCAGAGAUGCUGAAUCGCUCAGCAGUUAAGCUUUACCAGUCAACCGACCGGCUGCAGAAACUACCUUACGCGCCGAAUAAAGCCCUCGAGCACCAUCAACCCGAAAAUAUCCAAGAAUCCCAAUCAACGGCAUCGCUGCCUCGUCCUUGCACCAACAACCUAGUCUACCCGCUGAACAUUCUCCGCAAAAUACACAAUGGUCCCAGCCAUUGA